CGUUGGCGUCGCCUGUACACGCUGAAUGUCACAACCCGUGAAGCUGUGAAGUGAAUUAAAUGAACUGUUCCUGUCGGCUCCGCUAGUCCAUGUGUCAGCGCCACCAUGAGCGUCCUGUGUCGCGUGUUAACCCGAAGAUUAUUAACCGCACAGCCGCAGCGGCUGUCUGUAGUCGGAGCUCAGUGUUUUUGUAGCGGGGCAUCGCGGCUGGACGGCGCUCAGCGAGACAGCGCUGCUAUCUCCACCAGCCCUGUAAACCUGAGCUACGAUGUGUACGAUGGUAAAGAGGAUGGCAUUCCACUCGUCUUUCUGCACGGCUUAUUCGGGAGCAAAUCAAACUUCCAUGCUAUUGCGAAGUCUCUGGUGCAGAGGACAGGCCGAAAGGUGCUGACAGUAGAUGCUCGUAACCACGGCAAUAGCACACACAGCCCAGGUUUGACGUAUGAGGCAAUGACUAAUGAUCUGAAGCAUCUGCUGAAUCAGCUGCACAUUGGAAAGUGUAUUCUCAUUGGGCACAGCAUGGGUGGCAAAACUGCAAUGGUUACAGCUUUGUCACAGCCCAGUUUGGUGGAGCGUCUCGUUGUGGUAGACAUCAGUCCUGUUCCGACGUCAGCUCGUACCUUUAUGAAAGGCUAUAUAGAGGCAAUGAAGGAUGUGAAGGUACCUAGCAACAUUCCACGCUCAACUGCACGCAGGAUGGCUGAAGAUCAGCUCCGAAAUCAUGUCAAAGAGCACUCAGUCCGGCAUUUCCUCCUCACUAAUCUGGUCGAGCAGAACGGACACUAUGGCUGGAGAAUCAAUUUGGAGGCCAUCUCAAAUCACCUGAUGGACCUUAUGGGUUUUCCCAAGUUUAACACAACCUAUGAUGGUCCCACCCUCUUUCUGGGUGGAAGUAACUCCGAAUACCUCAGCUCUGAGGAUUAUCCUGAAAUCCAGCGUCUCUUUCCAUAUGCAGAUAUCCAGUACAUCCCUGAUGCCAGUCACUGGAUUCAUGCUGACAAGCCUCUGGAGUUCAUCAGCUCCAUUAUCACGUUUGUGCAGUCCUAGUCCUCUGACUGACUCACUCCCUAGGUUAACAUUUUUUCUUUUCUUUUCUCUUUUAAAAAAAAAACAAAAAAAAAAACCCUGUAUACACAUACAGUACUGUGCAAAAAUAUAAAGCACUCUAUAGAUAAAAAAAUCUUAAAUAAUGAAAUGAGUAUCGAAAUAAUUACUACAUUGAGCAGUAAAUAAAAGAAAAAGAAAGAAAAAAAUAAUAGUUUUGUUGCACCACUCUCACCCACAUGUUGAAAUGAUUACAUUUUCUGUUACCCCAAAAAGUGAAAAUGGAGAAAAUUAUAUUUAAAUAUGAUGUUCUAAAAGUCACUUCUUUUUAUUGAUUUAAUUCGCGUGGAAUUUAAUGAUUAUAAAUGCUGUGUCUAUCUUUAUACCCGCCUUUGUUUACAUUCUACAGCUGUGUUUGAUAAACUGACUCUUUGCCCAACAAGAUUUUUGCAGAAAGCCUAGACAAAUUUAGAAAGUUUUUCUAAAGUAAAGUAGAUGUGUCAAUACAAAUUAUCAGUAGAAAACCACAAAUUUGGUCAGAACCAGAUUUUCAGCCAUGUCAAAUGGGUUUUCCCAGGCUGCCACACAAACACAGUCUUAAUUAAACAAGUUUAAUUACCAUGUAAGACAAAACUUGAUCAGUGAAAAGACCCUGUAAGAGAAAAUUUGACUACAAAUGUAGGGUGCCGAUGACUAUUGCACAGUACAGUACAUCCAGUGUAUAUCCACUGUCUCAACAUUCAAUCACACUGAAUUUGUUGGUUUCUCUCACAUACUUUCAGAUGACAUUUUAAGACAAGUUUUGUUGCUUAUACUGGAAAAUAAUGCAGCGUAUCAGUAGAUUAUAGAUACUAGACAAUAGAUAGUUUAUUAUGAUGAACUAGAACCUAGAUGACCUUCAGGCCUUUAAUAAGAAGGCUGACUUGGCAGGGCAAUGAACAUUUGCUUCUCUAGAUCAACGUUAGUUUUCCUUUCUAAUCGAUUGUCCAAAGAUGCCUAUGCAAUAGUGGCCGAGCUUUUUAGCACUGUUUUUACAUUAACCUCUCACUGUCUUACACAAGCACUGAGACCCCACUACUGCAGUAGACAUCUAGACAUCGUGUUCUGUAGGUACUAUUUUUGGAAGUACUACUGUUUCUUGUGAGUUGCCAUUUUAAAUCUGUUUAAGUAAAGGUGUCAGUUGUGUGCUUGCUUGUUUGCUUUGGUAAUCAUGAGAAGGGAAUAUUGUUUUAUGCUAAGGUGAAUGUUUAAAGCUCAACAAAAGAUCAAAUUUCCCACUUACUCCAAGCCAAGACAUGUUUGGUGUUUGAUGCUUGCUUCGUUAGAUUUGUAGCUAGAAAGGUAAAUGUAACUUAUAGACUCUGGUUAAGACCCAUGCACAUUGAUAACAGAUGAUGUUUUGAGGAUCACACAGGUAUGUGGAAAUACUGACAAAACCAAGCAAAAUACAAUGCAGUGCAAAGCUUUGACGUAACUCUCCCACUCGCACGAUACGCACAAUACACCUCAAUCACCUCACGGUUAAAUGUGCUAAGAGAAAAUAAAGAUGCCUGCUAGACAGAAACGAUAUUUUUCACUUGUGUUGUGAAGAGAGCUCACCACAGCUCACUGCCAAAAUGCUCGGCAACAAUUUGGUGACACUUUUGAGUUCACAACACAACAUACUACAUAAACAUUUAAACACAUACAGUAUACAUGUUUGUUAGGCUUAGUCUCUAUUAAUGCAUUUAACAAACUGGCUAUAUAUUAUUAUAAUACAUUACAACCACAUUAUCAUUUGUCCACGCCUGCAAACUCAUCUAAAUCUGCCUCCACCAUUGUUCAGAGUCAUACAGACUCAAAACAUUUCAUGAGGGAACAUCACAGAUCUCGGGAAAAUUGUUCAAACUUCAAAACUUUAAUUUUGUCUGAAUUAAUCUUUUAACCAAAAGUACCAUACCGGAGCUGUGCUGCCGGGUUAUUUACUCUGAAAACUUUUCUUCAUCAGGUUCAGUAGCACUGUGUUGUAUGUGGCCACAUGUAAACCUCUGUGAAUAUGAAAAUGUAUUUUAUAUUAUUAUGUUGGACAUAUUCACAAAUUAGUACUACUGAUUAAUCAAAGGGAAAUAGUUAUAUUUUAUGGCUGUUAGUUGUAUGUGAACCUUUAGAUGUGUACAUGUAUAUGUUUGGAAAUGGCCUUUUAGGAUUAUGAAAUAUGCUGCACAAUUAAACACCAGGUGUCCAUGCUGUGUAUUAACAGAUUUAAAUCCACAUACGUAAUAAUCAUGUAGAUCGUUCCUGGUUAAACCACUGAAUAUGCUGUAGUAGAUACAUAUACUGCCAGUUGUCUGUGAUAGAUGGAUUGUAUUGCAAGUGUGAAUUCACUAGCAAAUAUGUAUUUUCCCAAAUAUCUUUCUUGACAAGUAAUAUAUAGCUAGUAUUAUAAUUCAUUUUUAUCUUAAAGAUGUAUAAUGACUCAUUCUUUAGAGUCUAAUCAAAGUACGAACAAUCUUGGUGUCUUGAAGACAGGUAAUUGCCUUUAACCAUUACAAAAGCUGUGGACUUUUUUUCCGCAAAGCAGCUUUAAAAGAUUGUAUCGAUUUCAUUUUAAGAUCAAAUGUGCCCAGUUUUUUUUUUCUCCUAUCAUUUUCAUUCUGAAGUAAUAUUCAUAACAUGUUGAAUAAUGAUCUUAAUCAUGCUAUUAGUGAAAUACUUGUAACAUUACUCUGUUUGCAUGGAACAUUACAGACCAGAGCUUGUGGUUCUCGUGGAGAAAUUCAAACAUGGAUUAUGUUCUCACAAUAAUGUCUUGGUGUCACUGUUUUGUGUGCUUUUACUAUGGUUUAUCUAGCUGAUGGAUUUGGGUUUUUGUGGGGAUUUUUUGUAACCAGUACUUAAAGCACAGUACACGGUUCUUUCCUUUGUCACUGAUUGUUCAUUUUAUUUCAUCUUACAAUGAGGACCAUGAACUUUACCCAGCUGGUUUUGACAGUUUUCUGGUUAAUGUUAUUGAUGUAUAAGAUUACUCCAGAGUUAUACAGUGAGGUAUUGCACAGAAAAUACUGUUGUUGCAAAAAGCAAUACUUGGGGCCAAGCUCUUGCACCAGCGCUCAUCUGAGCAGGUGAAGUGAUCUUGUUACGGUUAUGUGUUCUUUGUUAUAAAACUUGAUGAGGUCAGUUUGUCUGGAUGUUCUUCUCAUUGCAUGCGGAUUGUUUUUUUUAUUUUUUGUUAUUGUUGUUGGGGGUUUUUUGCGACUAAAUAAAAUAUACAAUAUUUCAGAA